AUGUUGAGCAAUAGUAGCAAGGAAGCCAACAUCAAGUGGUUGGGAGCAACAGCAAUCGUGACCGUUGGAGCAAUAGCAGCAGCAACAGCAGCCUGGUAUGUUGUACAGAACGAUCGACAGAUGAAACAACGAAAACGCGCGCGUGCAGGUUACAGAGAUGCACUCAAACUCUUACAGCAGAUCAAACGCGACCAAGAAGCUAUCCAAAAAGACUUGGACGCCAUCCAUGUAGCGGUCAGUGAUCCUUCCGUUGAUGACAUCAAGAAGAAGACCGAGUAUCCGCUUGCUCACUGUAAUGAGCUAUUACUGCGUCUGCUCGAACGACUCGAUGCUAUACGACCCAGCGACGCUGUUCUUCCUCCAUCGCUCGACCUGCAAAAUCAACAAGAGCCGACAGAAUUCGAACUAGAACUGAUGCAGCACAUUAAAGAACGUAAACGACGCAUCAUUCAAUCCAUUGAACGGGACUUUAGUCGUGUGGAUCAAUACAAGCAAGAGAUUCUGGAGAUGACACGUUCUCCGUGA